GUUUUAUGGGUGCUAAUAAAUUACUUGGAUUAUAGUGCCUUUAAACAUGUGUUGACUUGAUUAGAACGUUUUUAAGAACAGCGAACAUCGAGAAUAUCAUGAGACGUUCUUAUGUUUGUGCUGAUAAGUUUAAAAUUCUUUGAAAAUACAAUUAAUGAGUGACCAAACACUGUUUUUAAUAAGCAUCUAGGAACUCGAAAACUUACUUACUUUUCUUUUCGAUAAUAUCAACAUUAGCUAGUUAUUUAACAGCUAUACUUAAAAAAUUAAAAAAAAAUCUUUUUUUUAAUACCGGUGAGGUAAUGAAGGAGAUUACUAUUACAAUCCUUUUAAAAUAUUAUUGCUUGAACGUACAAAACUAAACUCUUAUUGGAUGGUUGCCUAUCAAAAUAAAAUUUUAGUCUUACUUUUUGUUAAUUGUUUCUAAAUGUCAAGUUUAGUGUACUUUUUGUUAUUGUUGUGUUAUUUUUUUUCUCAAAUUCGGCACGCUUACUUUUGACUGUGUGUUAAUGAUUUCCUUUUUCGAAAUUUUAAUAUUUCUUCUUGUGACAAUUUUUUGCAUGUGUGGAAAAAUUGUUUUUUUUUGUCUUUAUUCCUGACCUUUAGUCGUCUGUUUGUUUUCGAUAUUAUUUUCAUUGUGUUAUGAAUGUGUUAUAAGGGAUAAAAAUAUAAAAAAUAUCGUCUUUAAUUUGUCGACUUUGAGACUCAAGUAAUGUCUCAUUCUAAUUUUAUUUUAUAAUUUUUUAAAACAAAAACAAUAAAAGAACUCUGUUAACAACGUUACCAUGCGUCGUGUUAUAGGUACGAACAAGUCUCAUAGAUAAGAUAUCAAAAGAAUAAUAGAUACAUGUCUUUUAAAAUGUAAGAAAACUAUUUUUUAAAAAAAAUUUACUGCAUCAUACCUAUUCUUUGAAUGACAAAUUUAUUUCUUGAUGACGAAAAUGCAUUUUUAGUUUAAUCUUUGUUUUCUUAUUAAAUAAUAAGUAAAGAAAUAAGAAAUUCAGAACAAGAUUUUCUCCUUGUUUUUUAUUGCGGGUGUUGUCCUUUAUUUAAUGUGUUUGACAAGUGCAUGGUAUUGUCUAGUUCUCUGUGUUAUGAUCUAACCAAUAUAUACUGUUGUUGUUAUUGUUGUAAUGGCAGUGGCGGUUGCGGUUGUGGUGGUAGUGUUGAUGUUGUCGUUGUUUUAUUUCUAAGCUUAAUAUUUGUUAUUUCUCACUGUAUUAAGUUAUUUCUCACUGUAUUUUUCGAAAAAUACUUGAAUACCGUCGUCGAAAUUUAAUCAAUGUAAUUGUGCCAGCCAUGUUAACUAAUAAUUAUUACUACUUCAUCAGAUGUUACUGCAAAUGAAGCUUUUUGCCUUGUUUAAUCAAUGUAUUCCAAUUAAAACUCUUAGACGGUUCGUCUUGUUAAGUAAGAAUAAGCUGAUAAGUUCGACUUGAUUUUAGAUCGCGAUAAAUAAUGGAUUCAGAAGCAUCGCACACUGCAAUGCCCGUCUUAGAGAAAAUGGAAGUGAAGAUAGAAGAACAAGUGAAAGUAGAAAGUGAACGCCCACCUCAACCCCGUGCAAACCUACAAAGCCGUUUACAAUCGAACAAGCACGACCAAGCCUUCUUAUGUGUAGUGUGUACGGAUCGGGCGUCUGGAUACCACUACGGUGUGCCUGCAUGCGAGGGGUGUAAAGCGUUUUUUAAAAGAAGCCUGCAGUCGAAAGACUUAAACUACAAAUGUCCAGCAUCAAGUAAUUGUACGAUCGAUCGUAUGAGUCGGAAAUGUUGUCAAGCCUGUCGGUUAAAGAAAUGCCACGACGUUGGCAUGUCGAAAGAAUUUCUUGGCAACAAAAUCAAAAGACCAAAACAAGAAAAGCAACAAAAACCGCGUCGAAAAUCUGAUAAAUCGAGUCCGGAAGGUUUUGUUGAAAGUUCUACGAAUGCUCAAGAAAUUGAGAUCGAAAAUGCUAUUCAAAGUUUAACCUCUCUUCAUGCGGAGUUGUAUUUGAAGCCUGAAGAUUGUACCAUUGAAACGAGAACUCUCACUCAGAAAUUUAGUUGGACGGUCGACCAACAGCUGGUUCACAUAAUAGACUGGGCAAAACAGCUGCCAGGCUAUUGCAAUCUGGUCAUAAGCGACCAGGCUAUAUUAUUACAAGCAGCGUGGGUGGAUUUGCUCGCAUUAAAUUGGGUGUAUCAUUCGGUGUAUGUUGAAGAGGCUAUAAAAUUUUCAAAAUUCUUUUCCAUAACGUACAAUGAAGCCAGAGAACUUGGUUGUGAGAAUAUAUAUUGUCAAAUUUUUUCCUUGGCAAAUCGAGCAAAAAAAUACAAUAUGGACGAAGAGGAGAUUGCUUGUCUAAAAGCUAUCAGUCUCACGAACGCUGAAUCAAGUAGUUUAGCUGGGCCUGAAAAAGUGAACGAUUUGAUCACAACAUUUUCAUCCACUCUUCAAUACUACACAAACAGUCGCCAUCGUGAAAAUCCGCAAAAAUUUGCAAAGCUUGUGUUAAUACUUCCUCAACUGAAAUACAUGGUUAAUCAAGUCAUAGAAUAUUUAUAUACAAUGAAAAUGAACAAUUCAAGUGAAUCGAACUUGUCGGAUUUGGUCAUUGAAAUGCUCGAAGCUAAGCAGCGGCUGUAAUAGCCGUGCCGUUAUUUCACAUGCAAUCAAAAUAAUUUCUAAAUUUGUACAUACAGUUUUUAAAAGAAGCAAUAUGGAAUUUAUAUGUACUAUACACUCAAAUAGUUCUGUUUAAACAAUACGUGGUUCGUAUUAAUCUUGACACAGAGACAGUGUUCAAGGAGAACAAGAAACCUCUACACAAGAGAUGUAUCAAUAAUUUUCGCUGGCUGGAACUUGUUAAUAUUCUUUUUAGCGACACUUAAUGUUUUUAUUUUAUAGUUAAAUUCUAGGAUCAAAAUAAGCAAAAAUUCUGCUUGUGGUUGGCGAAAUUUUUCAUGUGUAUUGUAUCGAAUGAUUUCACCUCGAAGCUUAGUCACCAUUUGGUUAAAUAUUCACUGUUACUGUAACUUAUUGAAACUCUCACGCUUUUUGUGCGAAAAUUAAUUGUUGUAUUAAAGAGUCAAUUCAAACACGAUCAGCAAAAUUAAAAAAGCUUAUUUUGUCCGGAAUAUUUCGCCCAGUAGAGAUUCGGCUGUGUAGCUACUCUGUAAAAUAUGUAAAUAACUUUUCUGUAUGGAUAUAUUAAUUGACGAUCGAACGGCAUAAAAUAUUGACAAAUAA